UGAGAUUUAUGAGCGAUCCCAGGUUGAACACAUCACGGAAGUAGAUUCUAUUAAAAGUAAUUUUUAUAAUUUUUUUUUUCUUAUCGACCAAACGCAAUAUGUGCACCUGGCCCAAAUCCACUGACAAUUACUUUAUUUAAAAAAAAAAAAAAAAAGAGUUAUUAUCGUAAACGCUCUAUGAGAUCGAGUUAAUUAUCGCAGCGUAUGAAUACGAAAGAGUCAUUAAUAUAUAUGUGGGUCCAGAAGUAGUGCCUGCGUAGUUGAAGUGCGCUCUUAAGUAAGCGUCACAUUUCUUGGCUGCAGUGUUAUAACUUAUCAAAUCGCCCAGAUAUUCUCAAGAUGGAUUCUGACUUAGCCCGAAUAUUAAUUGCUACGAAAGCACUCACUGUGAUCUUCAUUCUUCUAAUCUGUUUGAUCAACGGGGCACUCAUCGUCACCCAAGUCAAGAAACCAAUGUUUUAUCAGAGCGUCAAGUUAAUGAUGAUUAUAUCCUUGGCUAUAGGAGACAUCAUCUUGGCGCUCUUCCCGUUAGUAGUGCUUGCUAAAUUAUCAUUUGAGGACGAUAAAACCUUUAUAACCUGCAGGUUAAUCACCUAUGCCACAACCUACACGUUAUACUUGAUUCAUUUCGUCUACGGACUUGGUCUUGUGGUACUGGCAGCUGAAGUCUUCCUUAGAAACAGGAUUCAAAGUAUCCAUGACAACUACAAAACAAUCUCUGCAGUUGGUGCAAGUAGCAUCCCUUGGAUCUUAGGACUAAUUAUAAUACCUCCGCUUUGCAUGUCAAAGGUUAAUUAUGAGUCUCACUGCACAAACAGCCAGUCUUUGGAAUCCAUGUUUGGGGUAUCAGUGUUUCUACCCGUGUCACUCUCAAUAGUAGUCAGUAUUGUUCUCAACUGUGUCCAUUUUCCCACAUCGCAACAAGGACAGACUAUAAGCACCAACCAGCAACCCAUAGUUGUGUUUCAACAGACUGUUGAACCACAAGAAAAUUUAAUACAAUAUCCUCCUCAGAUCUACGCCCCUGGUAAUGUUCCCUUUAAUCCACUGAACUCAUAUCCAUAUCCACAGAAUGCAGUAUCCUAUCCAUAUCCAGCAAACCAACAGGUUAUGAACCAGUCCUUGGUGGUGAACAUCAACUCAAGCCAGGGAGUCAACACGAUACAGGUGAUUCCCAUGAAUCAACGCGCAGAGGGUCAAAGGUUGCUUUUAAUAUCCAUCAUCUUCGGUUUGAUGGCAGUUCCCUUUGCAUCAGUCGCCCUUAGAGCAGACUAUAUUGUCUGGUCAGACUUAAGAACAGUAAUUAUAGUAUUAAAAUUUGUCCUUUGGUUAAUGGUUGCGAGAUCAUGCUUAACCCCUCUAAUUAUGAUUGGUUAUUCUAAUUUGAGACAUGUGCCUAUACGUUUAAACAAGGUAUAUGUCAAAAUAAAUAACAGUACCUAGGAAUAACGUAGUCAAAUCUCUUUUGCAAUGUAUAAAAACAUUUAUUUUGUGUUUUUUUGUUUUGUUUUGUUUGCUAUACGCUUGAAUUCGAGAAGCAUAUAACCAUUGACUGGUUGACAAUGAUUUAAAACGAUAUUAUUUCAUUAGCUUGAUUGCUCUUAAGUAUUGUAUAAUCUAUUUGAUUGGAUAUAUUAAAAGAUAACUGUCAAUUUCGUGUUAUAAAUACAAUGAGUUAAAGCCUGGAGUAAAAGUUAUGGACUAGGAACAUUGAGCAGAAGUAGAUCUACGUCACAUCUCUCUCUGCUUGCCAACGAAAACGGACUUUGUAAAUUUUAUUAGCCAGUGUAGUGUGCAAGAGGUUUCGGAGAGAUUUAUCUUCUGAGUUCAGUCUUGACCAGCGUUGCCAGACAUCCAGCAAAAAAAAAGGGACUUAUCCUCCUUUUGGAGUCUUGUCCUUCCUUCAGCAGGCUUUAGACUAAAUAUGAAAUCUCCGCCUUUCAAUGUAUUGUUUACUGCCACUACAUAUUAUUAACCAAUCCUAAUGUUUAAACACACACAACUACACACUUAUUCAUAAACAUGAAGACUUUACGUUGUUUAAGCCUCCCCCCCUCCACAACGUAAAUAGGUGUUAUGUCUUCGAAACUUUUAAAUACAUUUUUAAAAAAUCAAUGUAUUUUCUGUUACAUUUUAAACCUUUUUAGCAUAGAGAGAGAGAGAGAGAGAGAUUAUUCUCACAAAAUACAAUCACAAAGAAAUAGCGUACACAGAUUUUCACAAUCUCUGUGGGACUAAUGAAUAACUGCGAAAUGUCAUUAGCUUAAAAAGAAGAAUGUUACUUAUUAUAAUAAUAUGAUCUUCUGACAUGUUUUUUCAACUAGUCUACUAUUUCCUUUGCCUUGUAAAUUUGGUUCAUAUUUUCAAGUGUUUUUCAUCCUUUUUGCCUUCCUAUAGGUGCGCCUAUGUCUGUCAUAGACAAUACUUCAUACCAAACCGUUAUGACCACUUUGUAAUUAAAUGUACAUCUUAGAUAUAACGUAUUUUGAAUAGUUUUGAUAAUCUCUCCAGUGACAUUGGGUUCAUCAAUUAGAACAAACAGGCAAAGAAUGUUUAGCCAACUAACAUAAUACUAAUAAUACUAAUAAAACAGACGAGCUGACGACCAUGGCCUGAACAUUGGCUCCAUCCAGUUCCAUCCAUGUCGUGUUCCAGCCCUGGUCAGAAGCUCAUGACAAAGGGACCUAACAAGAUUGAAUCUCUAUUUUAUUCCUGUUUUUAUGCCAAGGGCUACUACUACGCCAUUGGACAGUUUCUUUUCGUGUUUCGGAUGUUCCUUUAGAAUUGAAUUAAAUUGCACCCUAGUCCGAACCUCUCGCAGGAUGUCCGGGGGUAAGCGGCAGGUUUGGAAUCAGACGCGACAAUCUAGCUCGCAUACCACACGACCAUUGAAGCAUUUAGUAAACAUUUAAUGUCUUAUUAAGAACUAGCCGACCCGCGGCGUAGCAUAUGUUGCUAUUUAGUGACGGGUGAACACUUCCUGAAAGACACAGUUGUUCAAGUGGGGUGGGUUUGGGCAAAGUUGUGUGCCAUUGAGAGCGAGAUCGGUGCGUGUGCAGGCGGGAGGGGGGCAUAAGGAGGGUUAGAGUGUCUACGUAGUGUCCCGCAUGUUUGGGCGACGUAGAGAAUUAUUUAUAUAUAUAUACAGAUGAUACUAAGCAAGUUUCAAUCUUGAAUUAACAAGUGAAACAGUGUUCUAUUUCACAUCACGUAAGGAUCAAAACACUAUGUUAUUAAAUAUGUUAUUCAAUAU